GCCUGAGAAUCUUUGCCAUAAUAUAUCCUUUCACGGGAAAUGCUGUCACCAAAGGAGUUCAACUUCACCUCUCCAGGCCAAGCAUUGCAAGCCAUUGCGAAGGAUGGUCUGCCAGGCUCACCCAAUAAUCUCUCCCGGUCCCAGAGCAGAGCUCAAUCUCAGUCUCCAGAUAUAGCCAUGGACAUAGAUAUUCCCGUACCUGAAGUUAAACCCGAUCAGCUAGAGAAACUACACCAACAAGAAUUAAUCCCCGAGCUAUUUGGAGUGCUACAUGACUUACAAUCGGGUAUUUUGCUGGCCAAAGACUUUGAUAACCAGGUAGGUGGAAUACGACUCAAAUUGGCCAACAUUAAACAGUAUUUAAGAGACUUUCCUGGAAUAACAGAGAGUGUAGACACCCGGGUGGAACGAAUUGAGACACUUCGGGUCAACAACGAGAGCAAACUCGAGGUGAUGAAGACGUUUAAAGAGAAGGUAGAAGCCCAUUUCAAGUAGCACUGAAGCCACUGAAGCUAGCUUAUAUACAAUAUCAAUUCCACCCAUAAAUAGUAAUGAUAUAAUGUCAAACUCACAAAAUACACGUGUUUGUGGUCCUGUUGGGGGUUCUAGAGUUGAGGAUCAAUUAAAUGAACCUCAUCUGGCCGCACUAAAUUUGUUUUUUUCCUUCCUCCAACAAUGAGUUUGCUCAACAGAUUGACUAGGUUAAUUCCCCAGGACUUCCAACUUAAGGACUACCCCGCGUUGACAGUAGGUUUGAUUCCAUUCACAUUUCUCCUUUUACUCCUUGAUUCCUUCUCAAAUCGUGCCCUCAGCAAUUUCUUCUCCUUAGAUCCCUAUGCUCCAUUCCGAUUCGAUUUGAAUCGAGUAUCAUUUUAUGUGCUCUACCACACCGGAUUCACCCAUUAUUUGGUCAACAUUCUUGCCAUUGCUGCCCCUAUGUGCCACUUCGAAAGAGCACAUGGUACGGUUCACACCGGAAUAACUCUCAAUUUGUUGGCGGUCACUGCUGGGUUGCAAUAUUGCUUGUUAGGAAGCUUUUUGUAUCCAAACACGCGUGUUAUCGGAUUAUCGGGAAUUAUCUUCCUGUUCGUUACCUACUUUGCUGUCAAAGAACAUGAGUUCCAGCCAGUGCUGUUCCGUUUUCCGCUCAAUGGUACGGAUAUACUGCUCCCUACCAAGUAUUCUCCCUUCGUGUCAUUGGCAAUUGUGACCGUCAUCUUCCCGGGCCUGUCGUUCUUCGGUCACUUGGCAGGUAUUUCUAGUGGCUACUUGUUGGCCUACGGAAAGUUGAAUAUUCUUUAUCCACCUCUGUCGAUCAUUGUGGCUAUAGAGAACAAAUUAGCAGGACUCAUCAAAUUAUUAGACGGCUUGGUGGAUUUCGUUGGUGAGCAAGAAGCGAUCAAUUUAAGAUACGUGGCCUAUCUGCCGAUAUUCAGUUCUGAUCCAGAGACAGUAGCCAUUUCUAGCUCGACUGAUACAACUGCUCAUACUACGUUCAGAAGCGAAGGACAUGUUUUAGGAGCCGCCUAACUCAGGGGUAAUAAGGGCCCCUCACAAUCGAUCAAAUUAUCCUUCGUUAGAUUCCCAUUGUUUCGAGGAAUCGAAUUUGCCUUCAGGUUUUUAUAGAGUACUUAUUUUGCUAAUUAAGGUUUUUAUUCGCCAA